CCCGACUCCAGGCGGUCUGGGCCGGUACCCUUCUCCGUGUCCCUCCUCCCUCGGCGAGCCCGCGGGCGGGCGCCCCUCGGCCAGGAAAGCCUGCAGACGGGUGGCUCAUGCCCAGACUGGACGACCACCUCUGGAGAGGUCCCUGUGCUAAGGGCACGAAGCACAGAAGCCGCCCGAGGGCCAGUGCCAGAGGGCUGGUAGCCAAAGCGGGAGAGAUGAUCAACUCCUCGGGGUCAGGCCCCUCUCUGCUGGCGGCCCACGGUGCCCUGGGCACCGACCCUGCUCAUGGGCCUCAGAGCACUGGUGUGGGGGGCCAGGGCAGCAGCAGCCACGUCAAUAGCUGGCAUCACCACCUGGUGCAGAGGAGCCUGGUGCUGUUCUCGGUGGGGGUGGUCCUGGCCUUGGUGCUCAACCUCCUGCAGGUCCAGAGGAACGUCACCCUGUUCCCAGAUGAGGUCAUCGCCACCAUCUUCUCCUCCGCCUGGUGGGUUCCUCCGUGCUGCGGGACAGCAGCUGCUGUGGUCGGCCUGCUGUACCCCUGCAUCGACAGUCACCUUGGGGAGCCGCACAAGUUCAAGCGGGAGUGGGCCAGCGUGAUGCGCUGCGUGGCCGUCUUCGUUGGCAUCAACCACGCUAGUGCUAAACUGGAUUUUGCCAAUAACGUUCAGCUCUCCUUGACGUUAGCAGCCCUGUCUCUGGGCCUCUGGUGGACAUUUGACCGUUCAAGAAGCGGCCUGGGGCUGGGCAUCACCAUCGCCUUCCUCGCCACCUUGAUCACGCAGCUGCUGGUGUACAAUGGGGUCUAUCAGUACACGUCCCCAGAUUUCCUCUACAUCCGCUCCUGGCUCCCCUGCAUAUUCUUCUCGGGAGGCGUGACCGUGGGAAACAUAGGACGGCAGCUGGCCAUGGGUGUCCCGAAAAGCCACACAGCGAUUGAAUCUUCAGACCCACGGAUCCUGAAGAGUGGCGAGCUUUGGGAAGAAAAUCUGAUACUGGGUAGUGACAAAGACUAUCUCUUUUCCUCAGUAAUCUUUUCGGAUGGGGCUGACUGUUCCAGUGACCCCUGGGACACACUUCACCUGUGUCAGAGCAGCAGCGCGGGCGGAAGGCCGCUGGUGUUGGCACCUUGCGGGACAGUGUCUGGGCCCGCGUCCGCCGGGGGCUCCGCGAGCAGGCCGGCCGGGCACCGGGUCCCGAGGACUCAGUCUCCCGUGUUAUUAAAUGCCAAGUUGCCAUAUUUCCCAGCCUCAAACUAAAGCCUAACUACCAGCUCUGGUUUCGUAUCAGCGCCCCGGGGAUGGCUCGAUGGUGCUUACAAAGAUGAAGUGUGGUAAAAUAGGAAUAUUACUGAUCCAAAAGAUUUUAAAAAUAGGGCUGUGUUGUGAAAGAAGAGAAGGCGGUGGUGGCAGCAAGUGCAGGGCGGCCGCGCCGGGCGGGCGGGCACAGCGUGCCCCCGGUGGCCGUGUGGGGCGCCGCGCAGACAAUCGUGCAGAGAGGAGGCGUGCGUGGAAGGUCGUGGCUCUGCGCUGCGAUGGGUUGGACUUUCCACCCCCGUAUUCACAGAGUUUGCCCAGAAUCCGCAUCGUCUCGAAGGGGGCACCUGCUGGCCACACGUCUCCGUCUUGGCCCAAACCGUGAGUUUUCUUUGAUACUCGCUCGGGAAGAAGAGACCACUUUUUCCCCACAGCCCUAUGGGAUUUGCAAUCUGUGAUUGCCUUGUGAAAAGAAGAGUGCGUACGUCACUGCAUUAAACAUUCGGUGUUUCUAAAUACUCAAAA